AGAAUCCAGACUUUCCUCAGUCGUCUCAGCAGACUGCUGCCAGAAAAACCAGAGGAAACCAACAGGUCUUCAACAGGACCUGAACUACCGAGCUGUGGAGGGGGAGAUCUUCAUGAUGCCAUGCAGAAAAUCGCGUAAUAAGCUCACGAAGUGGAUCAAGACAGAAGAAGACGAGGAGGGGAAGAAAAUCACUUCAUUUGACUGCGAAAGAAAGUUUGUUGCAGAAGUGCAACACUCUGGGACCUACAACAACUCUGAGUUCCUCCUGACUCUGCAGGUUGUGGAUAAACUCAGCCUGAGAUGCUUCCAGCCGGAGGAGAGCAGCGUGACGCUGCGAGCGCAGGCCGGUGGGACCGUCUCCUGCCCGGGCCUCGCCUGCAGCCCCAACACCAGCGUGGUUUGGUACAAGGAACACAGAGCUGUUUCUGAGCAGAGAAGAAGAUCCUGUCAGCAGGAAGGUCUGCUGCAGCUCUGUACGGUCUACGAUGAAGACUCCRGUGUGUUCUUCUGCGACAGACGAGUCGUGGAAGGAGGGGUGGCCUGGACCUUCAGGAGGGCCGUUAACGUCACGGUCGUACCUGGUUUUGAAGCAACAACAUCACCAGAGAUUACAUAUCCUUCAGCCAGUGAGAGUGAGGAGGUCGAACUCGGUCGGCCCCACAGCCUAAUGUGUAAGGCUUAUUUUGAUUUUGAAGUUGACGUUUCACGGGAUGUGAAGUGGUUUGUGAAUUACGGCGGCGACAUGAGGAACACGACUCCCCUCCACAUGGAGACUGCUCAAGAGAAGCAGUUACUGAAUAAAAAGGUCGAGGUCGUCCAGAGAGCCACUAUCAGAGAAGUCACGACUCGGCAUUUGAACCACACCUACACCUGCGUGGCCAGGAACGCCGUCGGAAACAGAAGCGUCACGAUCGUACUGAAGCUCAGAAAACAAGAGAUGUUAAACAGCACAGCCCAAACCAGCCAGAGUCCAGUAGAGGUUCUGCUCACCCAGGUUCUGGAGGACCAGUGGGGGUACCGGGUCUGUCUGCUGGAACGGGACAUCCUUCCUGGAGGAGCGUACACCAGCGAUGUGGUCCUGGCUCUGAAGAGAAGCCGGAUGCUCGUGUGUGUCCUGUCGGCUGAAUAUCUCAGCGACAGAAACGCCGUGUUUGUUCUGGAGUCGGGAGUGAAGGCUUUACUGCAAAGCUCCGCCCUGAAGCUCCUGCUCAUACGGACCRGUGGACCCUCAGCAUCCCUCGUCCAGCCGGACCCCCAGCUGCCAGAGCUGGUCCAAAAGGCCCUGAAGGUGCUGCCGAGUCUGGACUGGAGCCCGGACCCGUCUUCCAGGACGGCCUGCGGGUUCUGGACUUCUUUGAGGAGAGCGAUGCCCGACAGGAGGGCGGCUGCCUCACAUGUGAAGAGAGGAAACAUUUUUCCAUCCAGACGUGUUAAAAAGUGACAAAGUGAAACUUGUUGAAACUCAGGUUCUGAAAGAAGAAAAGCUCGGGUCAAAURUUUCCAUGUUGACAAAGAUGUUGGAAAAAAAAACGAAUCACUUUCCACUCGUCUGUCAGUUUGACUUCAUAAAACUGAGUCAACAUCAGUUUACGUCCUCGUGCAGCAGGAUGUCACAACAAACCCUACAACCUGAAACCAGCUGUGUGCAGUUCUGCUAAUCAGCUAACUGCUAACAGCACGACUAGUUUCUCCUUUAGUGGAUUAGCCUUUUACACUAACUUUGAAAACCGUUAGCAGACCAAUUAGCGUGUGCUAAUUGAGUUUUUACCAACUUUAAUCCGCUAAGACGUGAUGCAGACUGAGGAAGUUGUCUGGGCAGUUAGCCUAAUGUUAGCAACUGUUAAYUGUUGAAGACGUSAUGCAGAGUGAGUCGUCUUAGCGGUUAGCAAUUAACGCUGAGUGUUAGCGUAUGCUAAUCUUUGAAGGUGUGACGCAGUGGGUCAUCUUAGCGAUUAGCUAAGUGUUAGCACAUGCUAAUUUUUGAAGACGUGAUGCAGAGUGAGUCAUUACAGCGGUUAGCAGUUUAGUGUUAGCGUCUGCCAAUUUUUGAAGUUGUGAUGCAAACUGAGUGAGUCGUCUUAGCAGUUAGCAAUUAGCUCUUAGUGUUAGUGAAYGCAAAUCUUUGAAAACAUGAUGCAGACGAAGUGAGUCGUUAUGGUGGUUAGCAGCAAUUMGUUUGUUAGCCUCUACCAAUUUUUAAAGUUGUGAUUAAGACUGACAGUCAUCUGCAGUUAGCUUUUAGUGUUAGCUUCAGAUAAUCUUUAAAGACAUGACAGACGUAGACACAGCUUAGCAGUGUUAGCUUCUGCUAAAUUAUGUUUUGCCUGUUUUAAUUCUGUUAACUGCUAGCUAACAAGCUAACGCCAACAGAUUUGUCCGUCCACCAGUCUUCAGCUCGAAGACCAAGUUGUCUUUGCAGUUAGAGAUUAGCUGCUAGUUCCCACUCAUUUACACUUUAGAUGUUUAGCGUAGCUAAACAUUUGGUAGCUGUGCCCACCACUGCCUGAAAUAAACACAUCUGACUGUUUUCAAGUAAACAUUAAUGAGAAAUGUUGGAUUAAAUAAAAACAGGCUGCAGUUUCAGGUGUUUGUUUUUAUUCGGGGAUUCCUGUUCUGCUGUUACAGGUGAACCACUGAGAAUCACAAGAUCUCAUCUGAAUCAUGGGGGGAUUUCCUGCACAGGGUAAGUCAGCAUGAUGUGACAUUUACCUGAAGUAAAGUUAGAAUACAGGAGCAACAGAAAAGACUGGUAUAAGUACACAGUUAGUACACAGAUCCUGUUUGAAMCAUUCAGGUUUUCAAAUGGAUGAAAUUAUUAAAUCACAUUUCUGAUGCCUGCUUAAGACAAAAAACAAAAACACAAGAGGGAAAACAAAACUGAAGUUAUUUACACACAACACAGCUCGCACUCCAACACGUGGGUUUAAAAA